UCAAUUGGUCUGUUCUGGGCAGCUGCAAGUUGGACAGUUGCUCACACAUGAUGAGGGUCCUCAUCCUCCUGCUCAUGCUGCAUCUGCUCAGCAUCUCCAGUGUGAUGAAUAAGAGUAUCAAAAAGAAGGUUGAUGGGAAUUGGCGAACUGUUUACUUAGCUUCCAGUACCUUGGAGAAGAUAAGUGAAGGUGCACCCUUGAGGACCUACUUCCGUCACAUCGAAUGUUUGAAGAAAUGCAAGAAAAUCUUCCUCUAUUUUUAUGUCAAGAAAGGAAACAACUGCCAACUGUAUGAAAUCACAGGAAAGAGAAAUCAAGAACUUUACCAGGCAGAUUAUGAAGGGAAAACAACAUUCAUUGUAAAGAAGGUGACUGGUAACAUAUUGCUGUUUCAUUAUUUUAACAAGGACAUUCAAGGCAAAGUCACACGUGUGGCUGGAAUUUUGGCAAAAACCAAACUUCUGACUAAGGAUGAGAUGAAACAGUACAUGGACUUCGUAGAAGAAAUUGGCAUUGAGGAUGAGAAUGUGCAACGCAUCCUGGACACAGACACCUGUCCAAGCAACAUUAGAAUUAGAUGACAACAUCAGGAAUCUUCCAGUAUGUUCAUCCUGGAACCUGAAACAUCAAUAUGAAAAUGAAGCAACUUUUCUCUCAGAUCACAUCUUCCCAUUUGCUGCAAAUUAUGAUUCCUGUCUACAUGCUUUCUCUUUCAUCCAUGCUUUCCUGUGUUCUAAUCAGUGUUAGUGCAUCUUUGAAUAUUUAAAUAAAUUUAUUUCACUUG